CUUCAACAUAUAAUAAUUUAACUUACUACUCCGGUGAAACAUGGACCUAAACUUGGCAAACUCCCUCAACCAAAUUUCUGAAAUCCUGAAUGGAGGAAAAUCACUUUCUCCUAACAAAACUUCAAUUUUUGGAAAGCAAGGAGAUAUCGGGAAUGCCAUUUAUGACUGUUCCCCCUACUUUUUCCUCUAUCAGCAGAUACAACAAGAGCAAGCGAUUUAUGAAGAGAUGGCGAAACAGUAUUGCCUGUGAGAUGGACUUGGUUAUUCCCAUAUGAAUUCUCCUCAAAAGAUCCAGCCUUGCGAGAGCGACAGUCAGAAAUCAAGAGACUCGAACAAACAAUACGUCACUGAAGUAAUCCAGGCUAAAAAAUUAGAAAUUAAAGAAGCUAUUGGAGGUUUACCACUAGAUAAGGUCAUAAUCAAAGCAAACCCAAAGAAGAAGCAUAGUGGUCCUAGGAGUUCGAAGUUUAGAGGUGUAUCUCUGAACGGGAAGAAAUGGCAAACUCUUGUAAUGGGGCCAAACAAAAAUGCCUACAGAGGAAGGCAUGCUCGCGAGCAAGAUGCUGCUCAAGAUUAUGACAGACACUCCAUUUUAAGACAAGGUCUUUGUGCCAAAACUAAUUUUAAUUACACAGUCAGGGAGCUAUUUGAAAUCAUAUCGAUUGUUGACUAUUUCUAAGCAGCAUUCUCUGCAUAAGACUAUUUAAAUUUUGCACAGAAUAUGUGGU